ACCGCACCUGGUAUGCCAACAAUGCAUACUGCAGUUGUCUGAAGGGAUGAUGCAUCAGAAACAGGUUUCUCUGGAUUUCCAAGCUUCUAUAAAAGCUGUGCAGUAAACGUGUUGGGUGCACUCAGAGUGAGUUUCAGUAAGGUUUCUGCUGAAAAUGACCAUCAAAAACUUUCAAAUUAAUUACGACGCCAUCAACCGAAGGAACAUUUUUACAAAUGGAGACACUAUAAAUGGACGGAUCAUCCUGGAAGCCUCUAAAGAAACAAAAAUCCAGUCGCUUGUUUUUAUAGCCAAAGGAGAAGCUCGGGUUAACUUUAGUGAGCAUUAUGGGCUAUUGGGAAAAAUCAACCCAGAAGAAACUGAGGAUUACUCUCAUAAACAAAAAUAUUAUCAAAUUCAACAGUAUAUCUUGAAAGAAACAAGACAAAAUGAGAGGGAAAUCAUUGGAAAAGGACAGCAUGUAUUUCCUUUCAGCUUUAGGAUUCCGGACAGAGAACUACCUUCAUCAUUCUCCUCGAUGUUUGGUCAAAUUAUUCAUACCUUAAAAGCCAAGCUCAAACAGUCAAUGAUACCGGCAAGAAAAGCUAAAACCCACUUCACAUUUGUAUCCAAAGCAGAGAUGAACAUACCAGGGAUCAUGGUUUCUCAACACAGAAGCAAGCAGAAGAGUAUUGCUUUAAACUCUGGAAUAGUUUUACUGGAUAUCUAUACACGUCGGAUGGGAUACAAACCUGGUGAAUACAAUCCUAUUGGUGAAGAGCUCCAUGUCACAGCUAAAAUCACCAAUCUUUCAAACCGUGUAGUCAAACCUAAAUUUGUACUGGAUGAGAAGAAGACAUACAACGGAGGAGAAUACAUAAAAGUUGAUAAGCAUGACAUCCUUCAGGAAAAGGCUGAUGCCAUUAAGUCAAGGGGGGGCACAACAGCUGUGACAAAGGUGCUUACCAUCCCCAGACAGCUGUCUCCGUCCAUUUUGAUUUGUCCUAUCAUCAAGCUGGAGUACAGACUAAAGGUAUAUCUUGACAUCACAUGUGCUCCAAGCAUAGUUCUUAAGCUCCCCAUUGUCAUCCUGCCUGAAUUGACAGAUGAAAAUCAUCUACCUCCUACCAGUGGCUUCAGAUAUGAAGCAUUUGGAACCUCAUAUGAACCAGCCUGGAUCAACGGACCACAGGCUAUUGAUCCUCCACCUCCCUAUGAAGCAGCUGCAUUGUACCCCUUGUUUUCUUCUUCAAGUUAUACGGCUGCAUAGAAAAAAAACUGCAGGGAGAUGCCAAGAUGUUUGGAUGACACAGUCGUAGUACUGUUAAACUAGCCUUCUUCACUUAAACAUAAGCCACUCUGCAGUCCAAAGUGGCUGACUGUAUUAUACACACUACAACAUGACCAACUGUGUCUUUGGAGAUUCCAAUUAGUAAGCAAGAAAACAUUGUUCAAAAAUAUUUCUCUUUUCCUAAAACUGGAAAACUGAGUGAUAUUACAUUGGCUUCUAAGAAGGAAAAACAAACUACAAAAACUCACAUAACAGAAAACAACUAAAUACCAACUAUCUCCAGUUUAGAGUUGAUCCAAAAACAGGCACCACGCUUUAUUAAAACUGGUAAAGGGAUGUUAUGGUCCUAUCACUGUGGUGGCAGAAACAAAGAUUUUGUGCAUCCACAAAUAUAUGAACCCAAAGCUUUAAAAUGAACUUCUGGAGAAAUUAAGCUUUUUAGAGCAUAAUACCUUGCUGAGUGAGAUGGCUUUAUGACAUUUAUUUCUAAUUUAAACAACAAAGGAAUGAAUACACCUCUUCUCAUUUGUGAGAAAAACACGAGCCACUUGGGCCACGUUGACACAAAAUGUCCCCUUAUUAACACCUGCUCUUGCAAACACGCUGGACUUUUGUAAUUGUAAAAACAGAGAGCUGCAGAGAAGCUUUUCAAAAUCUGACAUUGACCAUGAGGAAUCUCGCUCUGAAACUGAAAAUGUUUGCUGUAACUGCCAUACCUGCUUGGCAUCUCACCUUUGACCUCUUGUUUGUUGCAAAAUAGAUUUUAUGGUUUAACUUCACCAUCAAAACGUAGGUAAAAAUAUUAUAUGGUCUAAGAUGUUCCACGAUCUAAACUCUUCCUGCAGUUGCUCUAUUUCUGUGGUUUCAUUAUGAUAAGGGGUCUCCUAUUUUCAACGACAUCAGUUUAGAGUUAAAAUAGACACAUCAGUGCAAACUUUAAUUUUAGUUGGUCACUUUAUAACAGUUUUAUAUAUUUUUAUUUAUUAAUCUUACCUUUUUUAUAGUUUACUCUGUUUUAUUUAAGUAAAAUAUUGUAUUUCUCUUGUUUUGCCUCCAUUCAUCAUACAGCUCUGUGAUUUAAUAUGCCUUAUCAAUAAACUGACAAACUUAAAUUGA